AUGGCUUGGAGACUCGCCUCAUCUGCAGCGCUUGUAACCCUCGUCGUGCUGCUGCGUACAUACGAGGCUACAGCGGGAUGCAAGAACUGUAUCGAGGUGGCAAACGAGCAAGCGGCUCAUCUGAAGGCGCUGGAUAAGGAGGGUCGGUCCCUUCUGCGCGCACACUGGGCAGCCUGCGGUGGUGACGGGGAGAGACGUCAGGCGUACUGCGCGCUAAGACGCUGCAAACUGCUCGCCAAGGAUGGGAAACUGCGGAAGGCAGCCCUGGCGCACGCGCCAACGCGCCUAGCACAGGUGCUGGAGAGGUGUUCAAACCAGACAGGGGAGAGUCCGGAGGACGUGGCGUGGAACAUCUUCCGCUGCGCCUUCGACCCCAAAUCCCUGAUGCUGGAUCUGCCGCCACCAGACACGGAAGCUGGUGUCGCU